AUGAGCACAUCCAAUAUUUUCGACGGGAAUACAGAGGGUGCACAGGAUUCCACUACGGCGACGACAACUUUUCAUCCACAGAGGGUCAUUGAGAUUUCACCGUUCUUGGGCGAUACAACACAAAAUCCAACCACUUUAGCUGCCCUGGGAUCAAUACACAGGGCAUGGACUGAGGCAUACCAUGCGCCUCUGGCCGUCGAUAAAGAGGAACGUAUAAGACAAGCAGUAGAUUUUAUGAAAACCGAAGAAGAUGCCCAUACUAGUGAUCGUACAAUCAAGAAACAUUCGUAUAGACAAGUGGCAUUAUACUUUAAGAUACCCAAAUCCACCCUUUAUGAUAGGUUGAAGCAAAGAAAUAAUAACAAUACUAAUGUCACAGCAACGCCUUCGAAGAGAAGGUCUGAGGAUUCUCAAAACAGCGCUGACGAGAACGAAUUAACUCUCAGAACGACCAUUUCAGAAGACAGUAGGCAUAAACCAUAUGAAAAACAAAUGAAAUUGACACCGCAAAGAGAGAAAGAAUUGAUAGUGAAAGUGGGAAGAAUAUGUCAUGCGAUGGGUAAUGUUAUGAACAGAACACAAAUCAAAUCUUACAUAAAAUCUUAUGUGAAUGAAAUCUCAUUGGGUAAGAAGUGGUUGAUGAAUUUUAUGAACCGUCACAAGGGAAGUGUACUUUAUGGUAGUCCUGCAAGUGCAUAUAAUGUUAAUGUUUCUACCUUGAAAAAUGGGAAGAAUAAUUUCCCAUAUCUUUGGAAAUGUUACGUUCAUUUACUGCAAAAUACAGUGAAAUCGUUACCUCGAAAGAAACCUUUCUACUACAUUACUAGGACGUGUUUUGAUCAUCAAAGUAGAAGUAGUAUAUUUACAUGUUUUGAAAUAUCUCCGGUAGAUUAUGAGAUUAAAUUACAUUCAAGUCCUGAAGGGAUCAUUUUCCCAGAUUUUUUCCAAAAUAAAGUGCAUCUUAAUUUGCUAGAUUCAAAUUCGUCAGGUUUCAACCUUUCAGAUAAUUCUAGUAUGCUAAUGAAGAGUAAGAAUAAUAAAUUAAGUAAACUUUUACUUAAAGUAUACAUGAAUUGUGCUGGCAACGAUGUGCAACUAGCAGACGCUAAUUCGGACUUGCCCUUCAUUAUUUUCGAGGGAUUUGAUGAGUCUUUCAAUUGGGAACCAUCUACUUGUGAGCAAGUGAUCACUACGAGUAAAUUUCUUUCAGUACCGUGGAAGGAAAGCGUUUUUCAACGCAUACUGUACCCCAUGUAUGUCCAAGCAAUGCAAGAUUACGUGCAAAGUUUAAUUGUAAGAGAGACUACCAGUGUACCUCUCUUUUUCACUUUAGAUGAAGUUGACAUAGAAUUGCCGACUCUUUCCAAAAUCUUUAUUGAACUAAUGGAUAAGAAGCUUGGAGAUCUAGCCGUCAAUAAUACAUCACGACACAACGAAGGACAACAGUCUGAUAUGUAUUUAGUCCACAAUUUAGGGCAAAAUGAAGAAGACGAUGUCAAUGAAGAUGUACUGAAAGCUACGCCGCCUACAUUGCACAGUGGUCAAUUUUGUAACUCUACAACGAUCACCCCUUUGCAAGGAACGUCUAGCAACGUGUUUGAACACAGCAUGAUGACACAAUUGAAUGAUAUAAUCGACCUAAUAGACACGAAAGAAAAUGUCCUGCGUCAGCAAAUACAGGAUCCUUCCACUAAGGAAACACUCUCUGAUAUAUUCAACAGAAUACGGAACAUUGUACCUCAGUAG